AUGCCUUUCCAAGCUGGGAUCAUCUUGCACUCAGUGUUGUGCGCGGACUACAACCCGCAACGCCCUCUCGUUGUUGAAGAUCGCCCCGAUAUCGCGAUUCCUUCUGCACAGCUGGAGAACACGAUCGACGUGCUUCGCAAUAGAAGGUCAUACACCCACAAGGCGUGGGAUACUUGCCAGCUAAAGCUGGAGGAACUCGAAGAACAGGAGGGUGAGGUGAAUGUGUUCGCUGUCCUCGACGCGGCAGAGGAAGCGUACAACGAGGUGAUCCUGGACCUGAAGGAGUUUUCGCAACUUCAAAGCGAUGCGGGAGAAGACGCCAGUGUUCUCCUUCGACCCGAGGCAGACGUGCUGGGUUAG